GCGUUCAGUUGGGUUAGUUGGUAGUGGCGGUGGUCGUGAGGUUUGUGUGAGGUGGUGUAAGUCAUCGACUUAUAGGAUAUUUGAGGCGGAGCACCGGCCUACUCUUCUGAACGCUGUCUGCGGCCAGCAUUUCAUAUAGAAGAAAUUUGAUGUCCAUCUCGUUUUACUACAGAUUCAAAAACACAAUUUCCCGAUGACCCGAAGAUAAGGAUUAGCUGCCACAAGAUCACAGGAAAACGAUGAUGCGUUCUUGAAAAUAAAUCCGUAUGGCUUAAAAGGAGCUGCUGUUUUCAAGAGAGCUGUGUUCCACAGAUUUUGAAUUAACCCGAAGGAUUGUGCUCAGACGCAAACGAAGAUGGCUACUAUCGACGGGCGGCCGGCGCAGUACGGCAUCACGCUGAAGCAGCUGCGUGACCUGAUGGAGCUGCGUGGCCGUGAGGGCAUUGGCAAGGUCAACGAGCUCGGCGGGGUUCAAGAAAUCUGCAGGAAGCUCUACACCUCUCCCAGCGAAGGUCUCAGUGGAUCAAAGGUAGACAUUGAACACAGGCGAGAAACAUUUGGUUCAAAUGUGAUACCGCCAAAACCACCUAAAACGUUUCUGCAGCUUGUUUGGGAAGCUCUUCAAGACGUUACUCUUAUCAUUUUGGAGGUUGCUGCUUUGGUAUCACUUGGUCUUUCUUUUUAUCAACCAUCAGAUGACGGAGCUCCACAUUUUGAUGAAGAUGAAGCAAAACAUGGCUGGAUAGAGGGUUUGGCCAUUCUCAUCUCUGUAAUAGUAGUGGUGAUUGUGACAGCAUUCAAUGAUUACACAAAAGAAAGACAGUUUCGGGGUCUACAAAGUAGAAUUGAAGGUGAACACACAUUUUCUGUGAUAAGAGGUGGUGAAGUUAAGCAAAUUUCUGUUGGUGAUAUAGUUGUAGGCGACAUAUGCCAGGUGAAAUAUGGGGAUCUCCUUCCAGCAGAUGGUAUUCUUAUACAGAGCAAUGACCUUAAGAUCGAUGAAUCUUCGUUAACGGGAGAAUCAGAUCAUGUGAAAAAGGGCGAGUCAUUUGAUCCCAUGGUAUUAUCAGGAACUCAUGUAAUGGAAGGCAGUGGCAAGAUGUUGGUAACUGCAGUUGGUGUAAACUCCCAAGCUGGUAUAAUUUUCACCCUUCUGGGAGCUGCUGUUGACCAACAGGAGGCAGAAAUAAAGAAGAAGAAGAAAGAAGCUAAGAAACAGCGGAAGAAGAAGAGCUUGACAGGAGCUGCUGAAGAACCUGAGGCAGCACCUGUUACAGGAAACAGCCAUGUGAGUGUCCCAGCUGCACAAAUUACAGACAGAACAGCCAACAAACACAGUGCUGAUGUUCCUCCACCUUCAGAGAAUCACGCACAGGCCCCACCGCCGGAAUCUCACAAGAAAGAGAAGUCUGUACUUCAAGCCAAGUUGACAAAACUUGCAAUACAAAUAGGAUAUGCAGGUUCUAGUAUUGCUGCUUUGACAGUGGUAAUACUUGUUGUGCAGUUCUGUGUUAAAACAUUUGUUUUUGAAAAAGAAACGUGGAAGACAUCAUAUGCUAAUGAACUUGUGCGACAUCUGAUCAUUGGUGUUACCGUGUUGGUUGUUGCUGUACCUGAAGGGCUUCCACUUGCUGUAACCCUGUCACUGGCAUACUCUGUCAAGAAAAUGAUGAAAGACAACAACCUGGUUAGGCAUCUUGAUGCCUGUGAAACUAUGGGAAAUGCUACUGCAAUUUGCUCUGAUAAGACUGGCACUCUUACCACUAACAGGAUGACAGUGGUACAAACAUAUAUAUGUGAAAAAUUAAGCAAAACUUUACCAAAAUUCUCUGAUAUUCCAGAGCAUGUGGCCAAUCUAAUGGUUCAAGCUAUAUCCAUCAACUGUGCCUAUACCUCACGUGUAAUGCCACCAGAUGAACCUGGAGAAUUGCCAAAGCAAGUUGGAAACAAGACAGAGUGUGCUCUUCUGGGAUUUGUUCAAGCCAUGGGCAAAAAUUACCAGACCGUAAGAGAUGACACACCAGAAGAGGUGUUCACAAGGGUGUACACCUUCAAUUCUGUGAGGAAGUCGAUGAGUACUGUGGUACCAAGACAGGGAGGUGGUUAUAGACUCUUUACCAAAGGAGCUUCAGAAAUAAUGUUAAAGAAAUGUGCAUUUAUCUACGGUCGUGAUGGACACCUGGAGAAGUUCACUAGAGAAAUGCAAGAUAGGCUUGUGCGACAGGUGAUAGAACCCAUGGCAUGUGAUGGUCUUCGUACCAUCUCCAUAGCAUAUAGAGAUUUUGUGCCAGGAAAGGCUGAAAUAAAUCAAGUUCACAUUGACAAUGACCCUAAUUGGGAUGAUGAGGAAAAUAUUGUCAACAACUUGACUUGCUUGUGUGUCGUGGGGAUUGAAGAUCCUGUCCGACCUGAGGUACCAGAUGCCAUAAGGAAGUGUCAGCGAGCUGGAAUCACUGUUCGGAUGGUGACUGGUGAUAAUAUAAACACUGCUAGAUCGAUAGCAUCGAAAUGUGGAAUUAUAAAACCCGGUGAUGACUUCCUUAUUUUGGAAGGCAAAGAAUUCAACAGGAGAAUAAGAGACAGCAAUGGAGAGGUUCAGCAACAUCUAUUGGAUAAAGUGUGGCCUAAGCUUAGGGUUUUAGCAAGGUCAUCACCAACAGACAAAUACACUCUUGUUAAGGGUAUUAUCGACAGCAAAAUAAGUGAUAGUAGAGAAGUAGUUGCUGUGACAGGAGAUGGAACUAAUGAUGGUCCUGCAUUGAAGAAGGCUGAUGUAGGAUUUGCCAUGGGUAUUGCUGGAACAGAUGUUGCAAAAGAAGCUUCAGAUAUCAUUCUGACAGAUGAUAAUUUCAGCAGUAUUGUCAAAGCUGUAAUGUGGGGCCGCAAUGUGUAUGACAGUAUAGCAAAGUUCCUACAGUUCCAGCUUACAGUUAAUGUGGUUGCUGUCAUUGUCGCUUUUAUAGGAGCUUGUGCUGUCCAAGACAGUCCACUCAAGGCUGUGCAGAUGCUGUGGGUGAAUCUGAUUAUGGACACACUGGCUUCAUUAGCUCUAGCAACAGAGAUGCCUACACCAGAUCUGCUUCUCCGGAAACCUUACGGAAGAACGAAACCUCUUAUUUCUAGAACAAUGAUGAAAAACAUUUUAGGCCAAGCAGUGUACCAGCUCUCUGUCAUUUUUGCACUCCUUUUUGUAGGAGAUAAAAUGCUAGACAUUCCAACAGGAAGAGAUUCACCCGUUGCUAGUCAACAUUUUACCAUUAUAUUUAAUACAUUUGUCAUGAUGACUUUAUUCAAUGAAAUAAAUGCUAGGAAAAUUCAUGGUCAAAGGAAUGUGUUUGAAGGAAUUUUUACAAAUCCAAUUUUCUACAGCAUUUGGAUUGGAACUUGCCUUGCUCAGGUCGUCAUCAUCCAGUUUGGAACAGUUGCAUUUUCUACUGCCAGUUUGACACUGGAACAGUGGUUAUGGUGCCUGUUCUUUGGGGUUGGGACUCUUCUCUGGGGCCAGCUAGUGACCACGAUACCAACUAGAAAAAUUCCAAAAAUACUCUCAUGGGGUCGUGGUCACCCAGAAGAAUAUACGGAGGCGAUAGCUCUUGGCGAAGAGAAGUUUGAUCCUGACUCUCAGGAUGGCAAGAAGCCUCGUGCAGGCCAAAUUUUGUGGAUUCGUGGCCUUACAAGAUUACAGACCCAGCUGCGGGUUAUCAGGGCUUUCAAGUCUACACUGGAAGAUCUGGAGGAACGGCGCUCUGUACAUAGUUUACACAGCUUACACAGUUUGCGCAGUUCGCGAAGCCACACUGGGCCCCGGCCCCUGUCGGACAUCACUUUCAUAGACGAGGAUACGGUGCGGACACCACCUUCACCGGGAGCCCGUGGGGCCACCCGGCAGCUGGAGCCUGCACUGCAGCAGGCCGCCGUCACAGCGCCGUCUCCGUCGGGGGCCGAGACCCAGCCCGUACAGAGUACUGCAGACCAGUCACCCUCCCGUCCUCGGCCCGCGCUCCAGGCACACCACGCACACCCGUCGCCUGCCCACUUGCAGAAUCUAUCACCACAAACGACUGAUGCGAGCCCCUCCCCAUCCGCGACACAACAGGUCCCACCUGAUUUACCCAAGCUGGUACACGAGACUAGCAUAUAAAUUCUGCAAUCAUUUUUAUCUAGUCUGAUGGCAUUGAGUUUAUCUAAUUGGAGUGGAGUUCUCCCAUUGACCCCGUCCGUUUGCCUUUCACCUUCCACAGCUCGCUAGGGACCCCAGCGUCUGCUGUUGGGCGGGAGAUACAGGUUUGUGGUGGUGAUGCUGUAGCUCCUUAACAUUAAUCUUUAUUUUUAGUUUAUUACUACUGUUAAUAGCAAUAGUGGUUAAAUGGUUACAUGAAUGUUCUUUUUAUCUGUAAGACAGAAUACGGGGAGGGAGAGUGUAACUGGGAGCACUGCAUGUCGGUCGGUUGAAGUCAGAGGGGAGAUUAUGGGAUGGGAGUGCCGCAACAUGCUCUUUACCCCACUCACCUUACCACUGUUUAUUUUUCUUCACUUUGUGUGUGUGUGUGUGUGUGUGUGUGUGUGUGUGUGUGUGUGUGUGUGUGUGUGUGUGUGUGUUUCAGAGUCUGUCUGUCUGUCUGCUUCUCUGUCGGGAGAUCUUGUAUGUUAUCUCAAUCUGCAUUUCACUAGCGCAGAGAGAGAGAGAGAGAGAGAGAGAGAGAGAGAGAGAGAGAGAGUGUGUGUGUGUGUGUGUGUGUGUGUGUGUGUGUGUGUGUGUGUGUGUGUGUGUUAGUAUGCACCUAUUGUGGGAGCAGCAUGUGUGACUACUUCUUUCUACCUAUUUCACUUUUCAGCAUAAUUUUACCUGUUUAUGUGUAACCUUCUAUUUCUUGAUUUUGCUCUUACUCUCUGUAGAUACGGAUGUGUGUUUGUGACAAUACUUAUUUGAUGGUCUUUGUUUUAAUGCCUGUUUUCUCAAUUCCAGCUGUUAAGUUCUGUACGGUCGGUUCUAGGGGGGCCAGGGCUGUCUGCAGCAGGAAACCUUAGUUCCUACUCGCUGUAGAUGUGCCAGCUGCAGUUUUGAUCCCUCCCAUUCGAUUAAAUUUUCUUUUCAGUUAUGAAACAUGCUACUGUUUUUCUGACCAUUGUUACCCUUUACUCUUGAAGGUGAUAGGUGGUGAGUUGCAAGAACGUUUGAUUCCGGUCCCCUACAGCAAGAGCUCCACUGACCAAGCUGUAAGCUGCUUUCCUACUUUCUUUCUUGUCCGCUUGCAUUUAUUCGCAGUGGGGGUGUGGCAGAGGCUGAGG